GUCGUCGCCCCCGUUUCCUUCCCCCAUCUCUCACAGAUCGAUCUAAAGUCCUCGACUCGACUGAACCCAGCAGCCGCCGCUCGCUCGCCGGCCACCAGCCAUGGCUCGACCUCCGCCCUUCCUCCACCAACCCCUCCCCUUACUCCUCCUGCUCGCCGUCUCCUCGCUCACGCCCGCCGCCACGGCGACCGCGGCGUUCGCCGGCCUCGACUCCUUCCUGGCAACCGCGGCCGCCCGCGACCCCUCCGCGGGGAACGACACCUUCGGCGCCCUCCCCGCCGCGCUCCUCCGCCAGCUCUCGGCGCCGUCCCCUCGCCUCCCCUCCCGCCUCCUCUCCCUCUCCGCACAGGUCCCCGUCACCGUCCGCCUCGCCGGCGCGUCGUUCCCGCCCUCCGCGGGCCGCCUUCUCGAAUCCUUCGUCAGCUCCGCUGUCUCCUCCUCGCAGUUCCUCUCCAGCCGCCGCCCCCACCGCCUCGCGCUCUCCCACAAGAUCCACCUCGACGUUGCCGCCCCCUCCGCGUCGUCCCAGCUCGCGUCGCGAGCCGGAGCCGCCGUGCGCGCGCACCUCGACUCCUCCCCGGCGCCCUUCCACACCACCGCCCUCUCCUCCGUUCCCUACUCCGUUGUCGACGACCUCGUUGCCGAGGACUACCGCGCGCUCGUCGACUCCGGCUCCGCCCCGUCCUUCUACAUCUACCUGCUCAACCUUGGGCCGCAGCCGCGCCCGUACGCCUACACCGCGGCCUCGUCGUCGGCCGAUUCCCAUUCUCCUGGCUUCUCCCGCUGCCUCGCCCCUGUCUGGGCUGGCAAGGAGCGCUACAUUUGGAUCGACCUCGGUGCAGGGCCGGUGGACUACGGGCCUGCGCUCUCCGGCGAAGGUGUGCUCCCCCGUGGCGAGUUCCACCCUCUCGCUGCACUCCACGGCCGGCCCAAGUCAGAGAAGGCGCUUGUUGCCGAUCUUGCCUCGCUGGUUCUCAGUGCCUACAAGUCUUUGCUAGUGCCUUCGCUCAGAAUCCCCGUGCAUUAUGAGAGCUCGUUGCUAGUUCAGUUCUUCCACAUCCAUGGACACGAGAGGGAUCCGGCGGGGCUUGAUUGGAGUUCAAUUGAACAGUCCAUUCGUGAUGGGGAUCUGCCAUACGAUGGGCAGAGCUUGAAGUUUGAUUUGCACAGGAUCAGGUAUUCUGACUGCCCAAUUUGCUCGUUUGCAGUUGCGCGGUCGACAACCUCGUUUACGUCGAGGUUCUUGUUUGAUAACUACACACUGAUAGUAAGUGAAUAUUUGGACUCGAAACGGAUGAGGCAGGUGCUGUCUGACUCAUUGGAUGAGUUGCACAGAGUGGCUGGUGUUCAACAAAAUGAUGACUAUGACAAGGUUGUGCCAGUGUUUGUGUUUGACUUGGAAUAUGAUAAGCUUCUACUGCUAGAUAGGUACCACCAGGCGGUGGCUUUUCGUGAUAUGGUGAUUGCUGUGAGGACAAGGAGCUCACAGACGGUCAGUGACUACAGCUGUAACGGUCGACAUGUGAUUACAAUGACUAGGAAUCUUGACCGGCCGAUCAUCGCUUCAGUUCUGCAGAGCAUGUGGGGUGUGUCACCGACACACCAGUCAUGGAGCCCUGAACACAAUGCUACUGUCGUUGAUUACACUUGGAGCACUGGACAUACACCAUUUGGGCCAUUUUCAGAGACCAAAUCGCUUUCUUUUGUGCAGAAAGACGCAGCUCGUAGGAAUGUUCUUCUUACAACUUUGAACUACACAAUCACAAGUGCUAUUGAUGUUUUGGAGUCAUUGGCUGCCCAUGGCGGGGAGAGUAUACUCCUUAGGAGGAAAAGGCAUGUUGAAUUCAUUCAAAGAUGGAAUCUGCUCUCUUAUAAGUUGGAGAAGGUGGUCUCAGCCAUGUCCCGCCUGGACUACAAGAAAGCUAUGUACUUUCUGAGAUCUUCAGAUCAUGAUCUGUAUGCCAUCCACACUUUGGUGUAUCAGGCAUCUCAGGAGCUGGAGGCUUCUCUGGUUUGCUUCAAAGAUCCACCAUUUCCCUGGUUGUCAGUUUCCAUGUCUGGAAUUUUUGUUUUCAGUUUCUUUUAUGUUUACUCAAAGAGGGAUAAAUUGUUCAGGAGCAAAAGGAAACAGUUCUGACUGCACUUCAGUUCAAGGAUGCUGUUUGAUUGUUUCAGCUUGAUAUUAUCGUAGUCAGGAUUCAGGAAAGUUGCAUCCUUACAUAAUACGUUGAGAUUUCACAGGAUGCAUGGAACAGGCUCAACUUCUUUCAAACAGAUCAAUUAACCUGUAUGAGAUAUACUGGAUUUCUUUAGGAAGUACUGCUUCCACUAGUUUUGUAAGUUUCAUGUGCCCAAUACCCUUGGUAAAUACUGUUGACUAGAUUUUGGAGAGAUGCAAAUAUGCUUUCUAUUCUUCAUUAGCUUUGUUCCUAUCAUAUUUGCUGGAUGGCUAACCUAUGUGGAUGCUAUGCUCAAUUACUCAUGCAUAGUUUCAAGAU